AUGAUUAAUUUGUCUGAGCUUCCCAUUGAAAAUGUUUUUAAAGUUCUCAUUUAUCGUUCUUUAAUGAAGGGUGGGUUCAUAUCCUCGUACAUAUAUAACAAGGAGCGACUGUACAGACACAAGAGUUCACUGGAUAAGGAAUUUAGAAACAUGUUAUUAGCUAGUGGAGCUGUUAGGCUUGCGGAGAUGUUACAAUCGGAUCGUGUAGUGGCUGGUUUAUGUAUUGGGGCAGUUAUUGUUGUAGUAGAAAAAUUGAAUGAUUUUGUUAUAAUUCAUGAAAGUGAUGACGAAAAUAAUUUGCACCACAAAAAAUUGAUUUUUGAUGUAAAGCAACCGCUCAUCGAACCGCUCGCCACUAAUUAUGAGAAUAACGAGAAACUAUUAAAGUCAUUUUUUAUGGGGUUUGGCUUGGCUCGACAAUUUACCAAAAAGAAAGCAAGGAUAUUCGUAUUUUUGUUUAAUAAAGAUGAUGAGAAGAGAUAUCGUAAAGGGAUAUAUUUAUUUCAUCAACACUUAAUCAAAAUCUACGGAAAAGAACGUGUUAUUAGAGAACAGGGAAGUUGCAUUCUGAACUUUAAUAGGUAG